CAUCUCUUGAGCCAACAUGGAGGACAUCGAAGCAGUUUCAUAACAUAGGGUAGGAGGAGCUUGGAUUGUCUGUAACUUGAAAGGCUUGUAGUAGAGACGACGUGGGAAAGAAAAGUGGAAGAUGCGUUGUGCGUUUAACAAUGCAAUCUUAAUAUAACAAUGCAUGCUUUUCAUGAAGAAUAUAACCUUUUACAGUACGUGUUGCCAAUGUGAUUAAUUUCGCGUCCUCACGUUGAUGCAGUUUUUUCAACAGUGAAGCCUUUUUCGGUUAGACUGUAGCUUUAGUUCUGUUGAGCUGUUUACUGCCUACCUGGUGUAGUGUGGGGACUGACAGCGGCUGGCAGGCACGCGUCAAGUUCUUUAGAGACUGACGACACACUGUUUCCUCGAGGAAGAGUAGGGAACCGGGAAGCUCGGACAAGGUGGGGCCAAACCAAGGCCAGCAAACGUUUGUUUAAACAUUCACGUUGCUUCAAAGUGAACAGCUAACCGGAUCCCAUAGAGCCACACUAAAAUAAUCAAAAAACAACUGUACCCAUUGGAAUUUGGGAAGCCUUUUCUCGCAAACCUGCUGACCAUGCUUCUGGAUUUGUCUUAUGGGGUUUGCCUGUGGUUUACACCAUUCUAACGCCAGUUAGUAUAGUAGCCGUAUCUUGUGUUUUUAUUUACGGUUUCUGGCAAAUUUUCCCAACUAAGUCGGACUAUGGCGGACGACGACAUUCUCUUUGAAGAUGUCUACGAGCUGUGCGAGGUCAUUGGGAAGGGUCCCUUCAGUGUGGUGAGGAGAUGCACCAACAGAGAGACAGGGCAGCAGUUUGCUGUGAAGAUUGUUGAUGUGGCCCAGUUCACAUCCAGCCCAGGACUCAGCACAGAAGACCUGAAGAGAGAAGCCAGUAUCUACCACAUGCUGAAACACCCUCACAUUGUGGAGUUGCUGGAAACCUACAGCUCAGAGGGCAUGCUUUACAUGGUGUUUGAGUUUAUGGAUGGAGCAGAUCUGUGUUUUGAAAUAGUGAAAAGGGCAGAUGCUGGCUUUGUCUACAGUGAAGCAGUGGCCAGUCACUACAUGAGACAGAUUUUGGAGGCGCUACGCUAUUGCCAUGACAACAACGUGAUCCAUCGCGACGUCAAGCCUCACUGUGUGUUAUUGGCCUCCAAGGAGAAUUCCUCUCCAGUCCAGCUGGGAGGGUUUGGAGUGGCCAUCCAGCUGGGUGAAUCCGGGCUUGUGGCCGGAGGUCGAGUGGGCACUCCUCACUUCAUGGCACCGGAGGUGGUGAAACGUGAGCCGUACGGGAAGCCAGUGGACGUGUGGGGCUGCGGGGUGAUCCUGUUCAUCCUGCUGUCCGGCGGCCUGCCCUUCUACGGCACCAGGGACAGGCUGUUUGAGGCCAUCUGCAAGGGCAAAUACAAGGUAAUGAAUCCUCGCCAGUGGAACCACAUCUCGGAGAGUGCCAAGGACCUGGUGAGACGCAUGCUGAUGCUGGACCCUACUGAGAGGAUCACCGUCUACGAGGCCCUCAACCACCCCUGGCUCAAGGAGAGAGAGCGGUACGCCUACAAGAUCCACCUGCAGGAGACGGUGGAACAGCAGAGGAAGUUCAACGCCCGGAGGAAACUGAAGGGUGCAGUGCUAGCUGCAGUCUCCAGUCAUAAGUUCAACUGUUUUUAUGGAGACCCUCCCGAGGACCUUCCUGACUUCUCUGAAGACUCCACCUCCUCAGGACUGCUAGCAUCAGAACGGGCUGUGUCUCAAGUUUUGGACAGUUUAGAAGAGAUCCAUGCUCUGACGGACUGCAGUGAGAAGGAUCUAGACUUUCUACAUGAGGUUUUCCAGGACCAGCACCUUCACACACUUUUGGACCUCUAUGAUAAGAUAAGCACCAAGUCCUCUCCAUACAUCAGAACCCCCCACAGUGAUGCUGUCCACAGAGCCAGAGAGAGCCCCUCCCAAGACAAAGAAAGUGGCUCUUUGAGGCAGCUGGAAAAUGUACUGCAGGAGAUCUCCUGUUACCCUGACAACCUCGACACCAAGGAGCUCCGAAGGAUACUGACUCAGCCGCAUUUCAUGGCCUUGCUGCAGACUCACGACGUAGUGGCCCACGAGGUUUACAGUGAUGAUGCCCUGAGGCCCGGCUCCCCGUACCUGAACGGAGAGUCACCGGAGAGCACGGAUGGAGACCUGGAGAACGUGACGCGUGUGCGUCUGGUCCAGUUCCAAAAGAACACGGAUGAACCCAUGGGUAUCACACUGAAGAUGAAUGAUCUGAACCACUGCAUUGUGGCCAGGAUCAUGCAUGGAGGAAUGAUCCACAGACAAGGAACGCUGCAUGUGGGGGAUGAGAUCAGGGAGAUCAGUGGCAUCAGUGUGGCCAACCAGACGGUGGAACAGCUCCAGAAGAUGCUGAAGGAAAUGAGGGGCAGCAUCACCUUUAAGAUAGUGCCCAGCUACAGGACACAGGGUUAUCUGUGUGAGAGAGAUUCCCCCUCCACCCCGUCUCCUGCCAACGGUCACUCCAGCAUUAACAGUUCUAUCUUGGACCUGCCGUCCACCAUCCAAACCAAGAGUCGACAGAUCUAUGUGCGAGCCCAGUUUGAGUAUGACCCUUCCAGAGAUGACCUCAUCCCCUGUAAGGAGGCAGGGAUUCGUUUCGGGGUCGGCGACAUCAUCCAGAUCAUCUCCAAGGACGACCACAACUGGUGGCAGGGCCAGCUGGAGAGCAGGAGCAGCUGCCCCGCGGGGCUCGUCCCCUCACCGGAGCUCCAGGAGUGGCGCGUGGCAUGCUGUGCUAUGGAGAAAACCAAGCAACAGACCAGCUGUACCUGGUUUGGUAAAAAGAAGAAGCAGUACAAAGACAAGUACCUGGCGAAACACAAUGCAGUAUUUGACCAACUAGACCUCGUCACAUAUGAAGAGGUUGUCAAACUUCCAGCAUUCAAAAGGAAAACACUGGUUCUGUUAGGAGCCCACGGCGUGGGACGAAGGCACAUCAAGAACACGCUCAUCACCAAACACUCGGACAGAUUCGCUUACCCAAUCCCACACACCACCAGGCCUCCUAAGAAGGACGAAGAGAAUGGGCAGAACUAUUACUUUGCGUCCCACGAGCAGAUGAUGCUGGACAUUAGUAAUAAUGAGUACCUGGAGUACGGCAGCCACGAGGACGCCAUGUACGGAACACGGCUGGAGACCAUCCGCAACAUCCACCAGCAGGGACGCAUCGCUAUCCUGGACGUAGAGCCUCAGGCCCUGAAAGUGUUGCGGACAGCAGAGUUUGCUCCAUAUGUUGUUUUCAUCGCUGCACCGACCAUCACCCCUGGAAUCAACGAGGAUGAGUCUCUACAGCGUCUGCAGAAGGAAUCUGAGAUCCUCCAGAAGAUGUACGCUCACUGCUUUGACCAGACCAUCAUCAACAACCAGAUCGAUGAGACACUCCAGCACCUGGAAGUGGCGGUGGAAGAAGUAUGCUCCAGUGCUCAGUGGGUGCCCAUCUCUUGGGUUUAUUAAGACUCACCCCACUCAUCUCCUGGGUCUAUUAGGACUCACCCCCCUCAUCUCCUGGGUCUAUUAGGACUCAUCCCCAUCAUCUCCUGGGUCUAUUAGGACUCACCCCCCCCCCCCCCCCCCAUCUCCUGGGUCUACUAGGACUCAUUCCCCUCAUCUCUUAUCUUCUUCCCUACUUCUUACAUUCCUCUUACAUGUUCUUUUCUAUCCGAUCAUCUCAUUUCUUGGAACAAAAAAAAACACACAGAAAAUCAUUCCUAAAACCAAUGAGAACCUUGAGCCUUCAACAUCCAGACCCUCCGUGUUUCUGCACAUGACACGUAGUGGUUCAGCACAAGCUUCAGCAGCCAAUCAGACUUGCUCUUACAGAUCAUAACAUUGUAAUGUUGUAUAAACCUAAACAAACUAAUGCAUAUUGUUAUGUCUACGAUAGCUAGAAGGAAAACAUUGUAGACGUGUGCUGUUCGUCCUCCCAUGUUGGUGUUGUAGCUCUCUAGACACGGUUAGUGGAGAUCCCCUCAACAGACGAGGAGCACAUCUAUUGAUUUACCAUUCUGUCUUGUAUUCACCCUUCAUUAAGUUCAUUACAAACAUGUACUGUAGCCUCUGCAGUCUCUGUUUUUGUGUUUAUCUCCUUAUAAACAGUGGGUGUAGCUAUAAAGAACUGCUAUUGUAGAGACAUCUGUUACAGGUACUGUCUCUUCUAAAUGAAUCUAUAAAGAUUUUUUUGAGAUGGAAGGUUACGCCCUGGAGGAUAUUCAGCUUCUAGACAGAGUUCCCUGUCCUGUAACCUCACAGGAAGAAGAAGAAACAACAUUCCACUGUGGAAGAUUCAACUCAAACCAAAAGGACAGAACAAUGACGCAUAUGCGCAUGCCUGCAUUCUGGAGAUUCUAGAAAAAAGAUUUUUCAGUGGACUAGAUUGUGAUGAGGUGUUUGUUUUGGAUUUGUGGUUCAAUCAGCUCUGCCUUUUCACAUAUGUUGUCAAAGAGUAUUCAUGUUUUAAUUCAGUCAAAGAAAGAUAAAUGAUGAUUUUUAUUCUUGA